CAACAUGGCGGCUCGGAGGCAGAAAGCGGGAACAGUUUCUUCAAGUUUUGAAGCCACCUCCGACUCCACAAGCAGUGUAGAUGUUGAUCUAACAAAGAAACUUUCACAACCAGACAAUUCCGUGUGGUGUCCAAGACCGUAUACAAUCUUUAAACUGCUGCUGUCAGCAAGAUUCUGUUCGGCAUUUCUGAGCAACAUAUCAGAUUGUGAUGAGACGUUCAACUAUUGGGAACCUGAUUAUUCUGAGCUUCUGAUGUGGAAUGAAUUGCACAGUUUUGCAUAUUAUGUAUUGAGUUCAAACAAGGAAAGUGUUGAGCUCAACAAAUGAAAGAACUGGUUGAUUAUGAGUAUCAGCAAUAUGAUGCAUUUUCUGAUGUUUGGUUCUGGUUUUCAAACCUGGGAAUAUUCACCUAAGUAUGCCAUUAGGUCCUAUGCUUAUCUGUUGUUCCACACUAUUCCUGGAAAAUUACAGAUCCAAAUAUUUGAAGCAAACAAGUUGCUGGUGUUUUAUUUUCUACGUUUUGCACUCUCAAUAUUCUGAGCAGCUUGUGAGGCAUAUUUUUACAGUGGAAUUAUAAAGCAAUUUGGGAAUCAUGUUGCAAGAAUAGCUGUUGUUUUCAUGAUUUUUAGUACAGGGAUGUUUAUAUCUGCAGCUGCAUUUCUGCCGAGUACAUUUGCUAUGUACAUGGUGAUUUUAUCAUAUGGAGGAUGGUUUUCAGGAAAUUAUGCAGUGGCAGUCCUAGCAACAGCGUCUGGUGCACUAAUUGGCUGGCCUUUUAGUGCAGUUCUUGGUGUUCCUAUUGCAUGGGACAUCCUAGUCCGACAAAGAAAAAUAAUGUAUUUUAUACAGUUAUGCCUUAUAUCAAUUAUAGUAUUUUUGGGACCUUUAGUUUAUAUAGAUUCCUUUUUCUACGGCAAAACAGUGAUUGCCCCCUUGGGUAUAGUGCUGUACAAUGUGUUUGGCAAAGGCGGCCCAAGCCUUUAUGGCGUUGAGCCAUGGUCAUUUUACUUCCUAAAUGGGUUUUUGAACUUCAACGUUGUAUUUCCCAUGGCGCUCCUGGCUUUACCCGCCUCUGUCUUUAUAAAACUGGUGAUGACAGGGAAAUCACAGGAAAAGAAAUUUCCGUCCUCAGUGUUACCGAUUUGGCUUUCACUCAUGGGCAUGUAUAUUUGGAUUUUAAUUUUCUUCACAAGGCCUCAUAAGGAGGAAAGAUUUCUGUUUCCAAUCUAUCCGUUCUUCUGUUUAUUCGGAGCUGUAACUCUCACCAAGGCACAAAAAAUUUUCCAUGGGCUUUUCUUUAGCGGUAGCAGACGUCACUACUCGGCCUCCUCCACAUGGUUUGCAGUCUCUGUCUGUGUAGUGUUCUCAGUUUUAUCUUUGUCAAGAUCAAGUGCUCUAUAUUAUGGUUACCACGCGCCAAUGGAACUGUUUAUUGAGCUAAACCACAUUUCCUCUAAACUUGAGGAGCCCCUCCCUCAAGACAAACAAAUCAACCUGUGUGUUGGAAAGGAGUGGUAUAGAUUUCCCAGCAGCUUUUUUCUGCCCUCGGAAAGGUGGCAUCUGCAGUUUAUUCGAUCUGAGUUUCGAGGCCAGUUACCAAAGCCUUAUGCUGACGGACGUAAUGCUACAAAAAUUAUACCAACACACAUGAACGACAUGAAUAAAGAGGAGCCAACAAGAUAUAUGUCCAUCUCAAAAUGCGACUUCCUCGUGGAUUUAGAAACUGAAAAGGAAACUGAACUUGAACCAGACUUUGUGAAACGAACCAAGGACUGGGAAGUGGUACUUAAAAAGCCGUUUCUGGAUGCAGAAAGAUCUCACCGACUAUUUAGAGCGUUUUACAUUCCCUUUGUCUCCUACCGCUAUACAAGAUAUUCAAACUACGUUUUGUUGAGAUCACUACGAAAGACGAGUACCAAGGCAAAGAAAGGAAGAGAUUGAAAACUUGUUGUCAAGGAAAACGAUGAAAAAGUUUAAUGAACACUGUAUUCAGAAAGAGGCAUAGCUGUUGCCUUGUUUUCAAACACAUUUGAUUUGUUGGCCAACUCCGUCAUCUUCGGCCUUGACGUUUCCCUCCAAAAAGUAGUCGUAUAGUUUCGUGUCGUGUCGUUUUGCUUUCGAGUAUCUUCGGACAAGAUUAUUUCGUGCCGAACCUUCUUGAACAUGCUAAUGAACUUACGACAAGCACGUUUUCAUUGAGGCAUUUCCGAGACACUCGAAGCCUCUGUUUCAAAGCGAGGGUCAAUGAUAAAAACUUUGAGCUUGAAAUGAUCUGUUAUUCUCGUGCAGUUUAAAUACCACAUCGCAAGUAAAAGCUUGCUUUUGGCCUCAAUCUGUGAGGUUAAAGUGACUUCAAAUGGUCUAUUGAUUUUACAGGGAAGUUGCAUGAGUUAAAGUUCAUUCUGGCUCAGCGCUCUGAUCUCGGAUAUUACAAAUAUUUUACAGAUAAGAUGACCGCUCUUAUAUUUACACAUCAGAUUGACGUUGAAAGAAAUGGGAAAGUCACGCUGUGAGGUUAAUAAAAGAAAGAUGUUGAAAUCAGACUCAA